UUAUUUAUUAUUAUCCGGGGACUUGUAGUUAGAUGAUGCAAUAUGGCCGCCAAAAUUAGCAACAGCUGACAUAAUGUUAUCCAAUUUUAGAACGCAUUACUCAAAUAGGAAGUGUAAGAUGUAUCUAAUACCAAAACUACGGCAUCAUAUACGAUAAAGAACGAUAGAAUGGAUGAAGUGAUUGCUUAUGACAAUGGAGACCCCGCAAUCGAACUGCCUGCGGCACUUCCCCCAGAGAUUGAAGAAGGAAACAUCGAGUAUAAGUUGAAGCUAGUGAACCCCUCAGAGUCUCGCGUGGAGCACCUUGUCACUCAGAUGAAAUGGCGGUUGGAGGAGGGAGAAGGGGAGGCCAUUUACGAGAUAGGGGUAGAGGACAACGGUCUGUUGGUGGGGCUUACUGAGGAGGAACUUACAGCAUCAUUGAAUACACUCAACAGGAUGGCCAGCAGACUAGGAGCAACAACAAGCAUACUAAGGGAGCGAAUUGUAGAGACAGAGGGGGCAGAGUGCCAAAGGAAAGCUUUAGAAAUCCUUGUUAGAAAGGUCCCUGAAAAUCAGGAGUUCAUUGAUUUGAAGUUGGCAGUACUAGGGAAUGUGGAUGCUGGAAAAUCCACUUUGCUUGGUGUCCUCACCCAGGGGGAACUAGACAAUGGGAGGGGGCGUGCCAGACUGAAUUUGUUCCGUCACCUGCAUGAAAUCCAAACUGGGAGAACUUCCUGUAUAAGUCACGAAAUCCUGGGGUUCAACAGUCAAGGAGAGAUUGUGAACUACAGUGACUCUAAAACAGUGGAGGAGAUAUGCGAACAUUCCACCAAACUAAUAACCCUCAUAGAUUUAGCUGGUCAUCACAAGUACCUGAAGACUACUAUAUUUGGUCUGACUGGUUACUGUCCAGACUUUGCCAUGCUAGUUGUUUCUGCCAACACAGGAAUGGCUGGGACUACCAGGGAGCAUCUUGGUUUUGCCCUGGCCCUGGGAGUUCCUGUGUUUGUAGUGAUCACUAAGAUAGACAUGUGCAGAAGAUUCAUGAUCGAGAGAACUGUCUCACAACUGGAGAAAAUACUCAAAUCACCAGGUUGUAAUCGGGUCCCUUUACGAAUUAAAUCUGAAGACGAUGCCAUGACUGCUGCAGCUAACUUUAAUUCUGAAAGAAUUACCCCUAUAUUUACCAUUUCCAGUGUAACUGGGAAGAAUACCGAUCUCUUAACCAAGUUUCUGAAUGUUUUGCCAUCAAUGAAAAAUGUAACAGAGAGGGAGAAACUAUCACAAGAUAACACUGAGUUCCAGAUUGACACACAGUUCACUGUGCCUGGUGUGGACAGUGUUCUAGGGGGCCACAUUAGUCGAGGGUCCAUAAAGGAGGGGGACAAUCUCCACCUAGGUCCCCUGGAGGAUGGUAGCUUUAAGGAGGUCAAGGUCAAAACUGUUCACAGGAAUCGGGUGCCAUGUCGUCUCAUUCAGGCCGGGCAGGCAGCUACAGUAGCUCUGACAGAGAAACACAGAAAUAUUCUCAGGCGGGGAAUGGUGCUAGUGAGCCCCGAGUCCACCUUUAACAACUUUGUGUGUAGAACAUUUGAGGCCAGUAUUUACCUGCUUUACCACACCCAUCAAAUCAGUCGAGGAUUUGAAACCACUGUUCAUGUAGGAAAUGUUUGUCAGAUCUGCAAAGUGGAGAUAAUCAAAGAUAAGGAAUCUGUUAAAACCAAUGAAAAGGCACAUGUCAUAUUCCGAUUCAUGAAGCAGCCUGAGUUUUUACGACCUGGAUCCAGACUUCUCUUCAGACAAGGCACAACCAAGGGUAUGGGGGAGGUCAUGAAGGUCCAUGCGCUCAAGGAAGAAAUCCAGACUGUGGGUCAUUUGGAUACAGGCCAGAAUGAGAUUUCUGGUGCCUAUGUCCAGGAUACCGAGAUGGAAGUAGUUCCUCAAACCAGACCUGUGGACAACAUUGGUCGCGUGGACAGUCCACACAGAUGAAUUUCCUGGACUUCAUUGAUUGAAACCUUAAACUUGAAAAUGUGUUUUCUCUAGAUUCAUUAUUUUCUGAAUCAAUUUUUUGUGGAAUUAGAUGUAAGAUAUAUUGUUUUCAAUGUGCAACUGUUAAGUUAUUUUAUUAUUUUCAUUUUUAGAACACUCCAAAUUUAGGGAUGAAUAUGCAAUGUUUUUGAAUUUUUAUGUUUUCAUUAUGUAUUUUUUUUUUUUUUUACAUUUGUCAUUACUGCUGAUUUAGUAGUGCCCACCUAAAUACCAAAACAUUAAUGUUGUCAUGUUGUUAUGGUGAUUGUGGAUUGUACCUUUAUGUAAUCUGCGUGUUCAAUUCUUUAAGAAAACAUUAAAUAUUUCAUGUGCAAUUUGUACCAAACAUUUUUAAUCAUGUCACUAAAAUUUUUAUAUAAUCAAAUACCUGUGAACAUUUUCAUUUCUUUUAUACAACAUUUUUAUCAAUAUUUUCCUUCCUUUACUUGAACAAAUUUAAUUUUAAAAAAUGGCAUAUGAUUUCUUGUCAGAAAAAUGGUGCUAAAAGGCACUCUUCAAUGAUAUGUUUUUUUUUUAUGAAAUGUUACUAAAACACAGCAAAAUCAGCAUUAUGAUUGCUCAUUAAAUUGUGUAUUGCAUGUUUGUGUCACAUACUAGCAUGUAGGUUGUUAAGAUAGAGUUAUUGGUGUAAUUGUUUUAUUUUAUUAUCUUCCAUUUUCAGAUGUCAGUCAGACAUCUAGUUUAGUUAGUUAGUUUUUUUGGUUUGUUUGUUUUUUUUCCAUGCACUUAAACAAAAAUACUGUUGCAGAUACUGCAUUGUUAUGUUUGCUUGUUGCAGGUAAAAUAUCAAAUAAAAAUUUGGUAUAAAAGGAA